AUGAGCUUCAUGUCCUUGCUGUUCCUGGUGUUCUUUGCACCCUUUUUGCUACUCCUAGGCUUCUCGAGAUUCAUCGCACCUCGUCUUCGGUCUUAUUUCUCAGCAUCACCUGCCGGACCGGGGCUUGACUCAUACGGAAGACACUACCUCCGAUCAAUGGUCAACACUGGGUCCGCCAUGUCCGAGCAGAUCGAGCUGCAGAAUAUGCUGGAUGGUUCGGAUCACGAGGAGUGA